AUGUCAAGUCUACAAACUUUUUAUAGAGUACGUUCAUCCAUAGAAGAAAUUGUUGAUCAAAAUGUAACUGAAGGAAAAAAUGUGACCCUUACUUGUAAUGUAUCUGGAAUCUCUCUGCCAAUGGUGACUUGGAUGACGCCUUAUGGUCAUAGUGCUGCUAAAAAAGUGUUGAUGGUUACAAACAUUAGCAGGAAUCAAGCUGGUGAAUAUAAAUGUGAAGCCAGUAAUGACUGUGGAAAUGCAUUAGAGACAGCAAUUAUUAAUGUGCAGUACAAACCAGACAAUGUUCAGUUAAUGAGUUCUGCCAUGAAUAACACAGCAUGUAAGGGAGAAGCUAUCAGCUUUAACUGCUCAGCUGAUGCUAAUCCAGCAGUGACAUACCAGCUGUUCGAGAACGAAACUGCUAUUUUAACCAGAAAUGCCGCAGGAAUGUGGAGCAAGACUUUGGAAAAUGAAGGAGUGUUUGUCUACAAAUGUGUGGCCAACAACUCUCUAGGAUCAGAAAACAGCAGGACUGUUGCUAUUACUGUGGAUGUUCCUUCCUCAAUUAUCCAAAUAACACCACAUCAGAGUGUAACUGAAGGUGACAAUGUGACUCUUAUGUGUAAUGUAUCUGGAGUGCCCCCAUCAAAAGUGUCUUGGAUGACACCUAAUGGUGAGCGUGUUAGUAAAUACAAGUUGGAGGUUGAAAACGUUCACAGGAGUGAAGCUGGUGAAUACAAAUGUGAAGUCAGUAAUGGUUGUGGCAAUGCAACAAAUGUGACAAGAAUUGAUGUGCGGUUCAAACCAGAGAAUGUCCUGGUAAUGAGUUCAGCCAUGAAUAACACAGCGUGUAAAGGAAAAGUCAUCAGCUUUAACUGCUCAGCGGAUGCUCAUCCAGCAGUGACAUCAUACCAGCUUUUUGAGAACGAAAUUGCCAUUUUUAACACAAGUGCUUCAGGAUUGUGGAGCAAGUCUUUGGAAAAGGAAGGAGAUUUUGUCUAUAAAUGUGUGGCCAACAACUCUUUAGGAUCAGAAUACAGCAUGAGUGUUAAUCUCAUCGUGAAUGUACCUUCUUCAAUUAUCCAAAUAACUCAACAUCAGAAUGUAACUGAAGGUGACAAUGUGACUCUCAUGUGUAUUGUAUUUGGAGUUUCCCCACCAACGGUGUCUUGGAUAACACCUAAUGGUCAACGUGUUAGUAGAAACCCGUUGAAGGUUGAAAACGUUAGCAGGAGUUAAGCUGGUGAAUACAAAUGUGAAGCCAGUAAUGAGUGUGGCAAUGCAACAAAGAUGACAAGCAUUGGUGUCCAGUGUAAGUGUAU